AUGGGGUCUUCCGCAACCAAGGUGUCUGGUCCGGAACAAAGGCCCGCCGAGCAGGAGCAGCGUGUCAAAACCGACGAGACGCAAGCAAUUGCGGACCAGAUAGCCAGCGUCUCGCAAGGUCGCCUCAAGUCAACGGAUGUUGAGGAUAUGCAAGACAACGCCGCCCCUUUCCGUUUCUUUGACUUGCCCGCGGAACUGCGGUGCCUCGUCUAUGACGAGCUUCUGGUCGUUGGCAAGGUCUACUACAAGGAUACAGGUUACCUCGAGGCACAAAAUACCGUCCGUUUCGAGGACAAGAAAUAUUUUCGUGAACCGUACCUUGCCAUCUUACGAACGUGCAAGACGGUUCACGCCGAAGCAGAGAAAGUCUAUCUAUCCAAGAACCUGUUUGUUCUUCCACUUCGAUGGCAGCUAUAUUCUCCCUUUGUUUGUUGUGAGAACAAGCUCAACAGCAGGUCUCUAUUCUCUAGACGAGGCUUAAGCUAUGUGCGCAAUCUGAGCAUCGCCGUAGACAGCGCGAAGACCUUAGAUAACGAGAACGAAAGCAUGAGUUACGAUGCGUAUGGCUGGAGGAAUGCAGACCACCACGAUUACGACACCAUGACACAGACACAGCGCUUCGAGGUGACGCACAACAAAAUGAUCGCAGAAAUGUAUGGGGACGGAAUUGCGACAUCCUGCGAACUGCUAAAGUUGCAACGGUCAUCAUCGAACCUAUCCGUGCAAUAUGUCGAAAUGGACUGGACCAAUGCGUACUGUCGUUUUGGCUGCUGCCGUCCGCUACGCGCUUUUCCCUAUACAUGGAUCUGCUACCUCACGCCGACAGUGAUCUACAAUAUCGGGACACGUUCCUUACACGAAGAAGAAGCAAUCGAGCAGUGUAUAUGCUAUAAUCUUGAGGCCGAAGCCGAGGAGCUCGAUGAAUGGGGCUGUAAUGACAUUGACCAGAGCGCUCUGGACAAAUGCGUCAUUUUCUUCGUAGGAAGCCAACCCGUGGAUUAUUGGAAUCAAUGGAAGUACGAGACUGAGCAGAGGAAGGUUGAUUUCCAACACAGUCCUCGCCACUGA